CGUCCACGUAACCCCUCUCCAAGCCUUAACACCGCAGCAGAGCACGCAUCAAGCUACAACACGCGCGCGCAGAUGGCGUCGACGAUCAUGGCCGCCACCUCCCGCGUCCUCGCCGCCAAGACCCCGUUCCUCGGCCAGGGCCGCGCCGCCGCCAAUGCCAGCCCGCUCCGCGACGUCGCCGCCGCCGCCAGCGGCCGGAUCACCAUGGGCAACGACCUGUGGUACGGCCCCGACCGCGUCAAGUACCUCGGCCCCUUCUCCGCCCAGACGCCCUCCUACCUCACCGGCGAGUUCCCCGGCGACUACGGCUGGGACACGGCCGGGCUCUCCGCCGACCCGGAGGCGUUCGCGCGCAACAGGGCGCUGGAGGUGAUCCACGGGCGGUGGGCGAUGCUGGGCGCGCUGGGAUGCAUCACCCCGGAGGUGCUCGAGAAGUGGGUGCGCGUGGACUUCAAGGAGCCCGUCUGGUUCAAGGCCGGCGCGCAGAUCUUCUCCGAGGGCGGGCUCGACUACCUGGGCAACCCCAACCUGGUGCACGCGCAGAGCAUCCUCGCCGUGCUCGGAUUCCAGGUCAUCCUCAUGGGCCUCGUCGAGGGCUUCCGCAUCAACGGCCUCGACGGCGUCGGCGAGGGCAACAACCUCUACCCCGGCGGCCAGUACUUCGACCCCCUGGGCCUCGCCGACGACCCCGUCACCUUCGCCGAGCUCAAGGUCAAGGAGAUCAAGAACGGCCGCCUCGCCAUGUUCUCCAUGUUCGGAUUCUUCGUGCAGGCCAUCGUCACCGGCAAGGGCCCCCUCGAGAACCUGCUCGACCACCUCGACGACCCCGUCGCCAACAACGCCUGGGUCUACGCCACCAAGUUCGCGCCCGGGUCUUAAGCUAGACGGCGGCCUCUUCGUGCCGGACCACCAUUGUAGACUACUCGAUUGUACCACCACCAAUGAAUGCAAAUAUUGCCAUCUCACGAUUCAGGAUUGUACUGUAGGAGUUUUGGGGUU